AUAGUGACUGUCAAAAGAAAGAGUUCAAACAAAAUCAAUAUUUAAUUUUGGCUUAAAGUGCCCUGACUGAAUCGAAAACAAAAACACUCGAGACCAAGAUACCGACCUCUGUAGUCAAAUUUAUUUAUAAAACCGGCUGUCCUUGAGUAUUGUCAAACAAAAUAUUUCUUGAAUACAAUACGGUACAAUUGAACGCUAUGAAUAAUUCUGCUGCAAAGGUCGGUGAAAUAUUUACUGAGGCUGGAGCUGCUUUCAAUAAAUUGGCAGAAAUGACUAUGAUGUUACAUCCAACUGCAGAGUCAGUGCCUAGCUUGCAAGUAAAAACACCAGUCAAGAGGAAGCCUGCAGAAGAACGUGCAGUACCUGCUAGCAACCCCCCUGCUGCUCAAUCACAGCAUACAUUACACACAUCAUCUUUAUCACAACAGGUUACUCUCAAUAUGUUGAAUGCCCAGGAGUCUGAAAUGGAUGUGGAAGGACUUGGAAAUAAUGUAAAGUUAGAAUUUGAAUCCGGCACAGAAGAGGUGACUACUUAGUUGAGGAACUGUAACAGCAUCAAAUAAUGAGAUGUUUUUCAUGUUAUUUAUGUAAAUAUAUUGUUGCCUAUAAAUAAAAAAAUUGAAAUAAGGAAAAAUAUUUCACUGACAUACAUCAUCACAUCUUAAUACCUCAGAAGUCUUGAAGGCCAUAUUUAGCUGAUAGUUAUUAAAUUCAGAUAGCUGUACAAGAAGAAUCGUAAUAAGCCUGACCCACAUAUUUUUGCACAAAGGAAAGAAGUUGACUACACUUCUUUAUUUUUUGUUUUUUUCUAUUUCCAGCAGGGAUGCUCGCAUCAAAUGUAUGAGCUUGUAGCAGGAGGGAUGAUUCGGCUCGACCACCAGGAUAGGUGUUAUGCCUAGGGAACUAGGUUGUAUAUAUUGCUCCAAUCAAUGAAAUCUUUGCUUGCGCGAUUUAGGUUUUUUGCUGUUUUUGACAGAUAGCAUUGCGUAAUUUUAUUUUUUAUUGUUGUGACUUGUGGUGUAUAGAUAGAUAUCGCCAUAUUCUAGUAGUAUCCUUUCACGAUAUUAAAACUUUUUAAUUUUGCAGUACACAUACAUAUCGUUGAUAUCUGUCUGAUUAUAUAUGGGUAGUUACACAAAAUAGGUUAGCAACAAACAAACAGCAAAUAAGGGUUUUUUUUUUAUAAAAAAUAAAUUCCAAUUUUAAUAAAUAUUGUGUAAUAACAUGUCAUAAGGCCAAUGCAUUCAGCUGAUUCUUAGGGAUGUUGUUAGCACAUUUGAAAUAAAAAAUUUAGCUGUUUUAUUACAAUACUUUAUAUUACUAGGUAUCUGAUAUUCUGUGAAAGCUCUGGACUUUUCUAUUCCACUUAGAAUUUGGAGAUUCAAAUACUUUCUUGUGAGUGUUCUCUGAUAUUUUUUGUUCAAUAACACUGUCUACAUUGCUUCUUAUUUUUAAUGCGUCAUAAAAAGGAAAGCCACUUCCAGAUCUUUUCAUUCUUCUCUGUGCAUUUCUGUAGCAUUUCCAUGGCUGAGGUUCAACUACUAUUGACCGGGAAAUAGAUUUUAAUAAGUUUAUUAAUUUAAAUAAACCUUCAUCUCCAUUAUUGAUGUGAAUCCACAGUGUCACAGAGAAACAAAAUACAAUAUCAAAAUCAUUUCGACCAUGUGAAUGUAGAUAAUUUGUUAUGGAUUUACCACUAUCAGCAUCCAUUAUAUCUUCAGUUUGAUAAAUAAUAUCACAAUUGGAGCAAUAUUUCUGUGCUUUCUUAAUUAAUUUUGAGUCAAUAUCAAUUGCCAAUAUUUUUACAUUACAGUUAGGAAAAACCUUUUUUAAAUAUGAAUGUAAAGCAAUUGUGAGUUCUCCUGUGUUGCAUCCAAUAUCCAGACAGACAAUGGUU